CAUAUAAAGCCAGGCAUCUGGCUUCUUCCCUGCCACGAUAAAAUAACGUCUUUAAUUCGGUUUAACCGGCCGAGCCGCUUCCGCUGUGGCCCCGAGGGGUGACUAGCGCCCUAGUGACGAGGGUUAGGAGCAUUAAAGACGGCUGGGUGUGGCCCGUUGAAGAGGUGGGCGGCCAUGCACUAGAGGCAUCGGCUGUCCCGGAGGCUGAGCCUGCACUCUAGGCCCCGGCUGUGUCCCGGCCCAGGUGCGGCCUAGUUCGGCUGGCGGCGCUGAGGAGCGGGUGUCUCUGUGCGGAGAAGCGUCUCUCCAGUUCGUCAUGGCCGUGUCCAGAUUAGACCGCCUCUUUAUAUUGCUGGACACAGGGACAACCCCAGUAACGAGAAAAGCGGCAGCGCAGCAGCUUGGAGAAGUGGUCAAACUGCAUCCACAUGAACUCAACAACCUGUUAAAUAAGGUCCUGAUCUACCUGCGCAGUACUAACUGGGAUACACGUAUAGCAGCUGGUCAAGCUAUUGAAGCUAUUGUAAAAAAUAUUCCAGACUGGAGCCCAACAGCUCGAAUAAAAAAAGAGGCCGGGUCUGAGUGUUCAAAUGAUGAGUCGUCUUCGUCGGACAGGCUGAGCUUUGAAAGAUUUGAUAUAUCAAAGUUGCUAAAACAUGGCGCUUCACUCCUUGGCUCUGCUGGUGUUGAGUUUGAAGUGCAAGAAGACAAAUCGGGAGAUGUGGACCCUAAGGAAAGGAUAGCUCGGCAGAGGAAACUGUUACAGAGAAAACUGGGACUUGACAUGGGAGCUGCUAUUGGCAUGAAUACCGAAGAGCUAUUUAAUGAUGAAGACUUGGACUACUUACCAACCAACACACUUGUAAAUAAACCUACUCUUCAAGCAGCAGAGUUUAUUGACACAGAAUUUCUUCCUGGAAUGAGUAACAGGCAAAAAAACAAAGCAAAGCGAAUGGCAAAGCUGAUUGCUAAGCAGAGAUCCCGGGAUGUGAACGACACAAAUGAAAAGAGCAGUGACAGUACAGAUGGGGAGCCAGAGGAAAAACGAAGGAAAGUGACAAACGUGGUUAUCCCUCAGCCAGCUACAGAGUGCAAGGUGUUGAUUGAUAACAUCCCGGACAACUCCUCUUUGUUUGAUGAGACAAAUGAGUGGCCUCUGGAGAGCUUUUGCGAUGAGCUUUGUAAUGAACUGUUUAAUCCAUCUUGGGAGGUCCGUCAUGGGGCAGGCAUUGGUCUCAGGGAAAUACUCAAAGCCCAUGUUAGAAAUGGUGGCAAGAUGGCGCACAGUACAUGUGACGAGAUGGAGCAGCAGCAUCAAGAGUGGCUUGAAGAUCUUGCUAUUCGUCUUCUGUGUGUAUUUGCUUUAGACAGAUUUGGCGAUUUUGUUUCUGAUGAGGUAGUUGCACCAGUACGGGAAACAUGUGCUCAGACUCUGGGAGUAGUCCUGAAACACAUGAAUGAAAAUGGAGUUCACAAUACAGUCAAAAUCCUCCUGCGCCUAUUAACCCAGGAACAGUGGGAAGUUAGACAUGGAGGACUGCUGGGAAUAAAGUAUGCCCUAGCUAUUCGUCAGGAUUUAAUAAAAACUUUAUUACCUAAAGCACUACCAGCAAUAAUUGAAGGUCUUCAAGACCUUGAUGAUGAUGUGCGAGCUGUGGCUGCAGCAUCUUUAGUGCCUGUUGUCGAUAGUCUAGUGAAGAUACAAUUCAAGCAGGUUCCCUUCAUUCUUGGCACUUUAUGGGAUACACUUUUGGAGUUAAAUGACUUAACAGCGUCUACCAAUAGUAUCAUGACCCUCCUUUCUUCUCUCUUAACAUAUCCUCAGGUUCAGCAGUGCAAUAUUCAACAAUCACUUACUAUAUUGGUGACACGGGUAUGGCCUUUCCUGCAUCAUACUAUAUCAUCUGUUCGAAGAGCGGCCCUGGAGACAUUAUACACUUUGUUAUCCACACAGGAUCAGAACUGUUCAGGUUGGCUGACUCCCAUCUUGCAGGACAUGCUGCGGCAUAUAUUUCAGAUCUGUAUUUUGGAGAGUAACCGGGAAAUUCUUGACCUUAUCCACAAGGUUUGGCAGGAGCUAAUACACAAAGCCUCUGUGCAAUAUGUUGUGGCUGCAGCGUGCCCCUGGAUGGGAGCUUGGCUCUGUUUAAUGAUGCAGCCUGCUCACCUGCCUAUUGAUUUGAACAUGCUGAUAUUGGUGAAGCCCAAAUCAAACGAAAAAGCUGGGAAACUCCGUCAAGGCCAGAGCCAAACAAGAGAGGUUGCACAGGAAUAUAUUGCUGGCUCGGACAGUGUGACCGAAGACUCUGCCACCAGGGAUUACCUGGUGACCCGCACCCGUUUGGCUGCUUCUAAGCUGCUGGGAUCAUUAUGCUGUUGUAUUUGUGAUCCCUGUGUCAAUACCGCGUCUCAGGAAAUAAAGCCUGCUGAAUCAUUGGCACAGUUGCUCCUUUUUCAUCUGAACUCCAAGUCAGCCUUACAAAGGAUCAGUGUGGCCCUUGUUAUCUGCGAGUGGGCUGCUUUCCAAAAGGAGUGCAAAACAGUUGCCCUUGCGGUCCAGCCACGACUGCUUGCUGUUUUGUCUGAACAAUUGUAUUACGAUGAAAUAGCGAUUCCUUUCACCCGGAUGCAAAAUGAUUGCAAGCAGCUGAUUUCCACGCUUGCAGAAGCAAACAUAGAUAUUCGGAGCAAAGUAAACUGCAGUGUAUUUACAAUAGACCAAGCUAAUGAACUGGUAACUACAGUGUUCAGUGAAGCGACAGCACCUCUGAGGGCCAUUGCUAACAUUUACCAGCAGCUAGAUGGAAAAAGGCAACAAGUGCAGAUGACUGUGUUGGAAACCAACCAGGAAUGGCAAGUCCUUCAGAUGAGGGUUCACACCUUUGCUGCCUGUGCAAUAGUCAACCUCAUGCAGCUCCCAGAAAAACUUAAUCCCAUAAUCAAGCCGUUAAUGGAAGCUGUGAAAAAAGAAGAGAAUGCGGUGGUGCAGAACUACGCAGCCUUGUGUCUGGCUAAACUGCUUCAGCAGUGUAUCUCAAGGACUCCUUGUCCAAAUCCUAAAAUUCUUAAAAAUCUUUGUAGUUCGGUGUGUGUGGAUUCCAGCAUCACGCCUUCUGUGAUCUGCCCAGCCCCAGCCCUGAACAACACAGACCAUCUGAAAGGGUCAAAUUCUGAAAAAGAUGGAGCCUGUCACACGGUCACAAAGCACCGAGGAAUAAUUACCCUGUACAGACAUCAGCAAGCUGCUUUUGCAGUUACUAGCAGACGUGGCCCAACUCCGAAAGCUACAAAGACCCAAGUGGCGGACUUGCCCACAGGAAGCGGAGCGCACACGUCCACGGAGUGCGAUGAGAAUCAUAAGAAUUACUUAAUCCAGAGAAGAGGUGCAGAAUAUACUCUUGCUACCAUUGCAAAACACUUUGGAAGUAAUUUAGUCACAGGCCUGCCAUAUCUCUGGGAAUCAAUGGUCGGACCGCUAAGAAACAACAUUAACGUUGACAGUUUUGAUGGCAAGCUUCUCUUGGAAAAAGGAGACGAGAACGCCCAGGAACUUGUCUACAGCCUUCAAGUGUUUGAGGUCACCACCUCUUCCAUGGAUCCCAGUCUUCACCCCCUGCUGCUUCAACAUCUUCUGCAUCUAUUCAUGUGUCUGCAACAUCCUUUCACAUCAGUGAGGCAUAUGGCCUCUCGUUGUGUAGGAGUGAUGAGCCGCAUCGUUACCAUGGAAACCAUGAAUGGCUUCUUGGAGAAAGUUUUGCCGUGGCUUGGUGCGAUUGAUGACAACACGAAACAGGAGGGGGCCAUUGAGGCGCUAGCUUGUGUGAUGGAGCAGCUGGAAGUCGGUAUUAUCCCAUACAUCGUUCUUCUUGUGGUGCCUGUUCUGGGAAGAAUGAGUGACCAGACAGACAGUGUUCGCUUCAUGGCAACGCAGUGCUUUGCAACGCUCAUCAGGCUAAUGCCUUUGGAAGCUGGAAUCUCAGAUCCUCCCAAUAUGUCAGAGGAGCUAAUUAAACUAAAAGCCAGGGAGCGCAGCUUCUUGGAACAGCUGCUAGACGGAACGAAAUUGGAAAAUUAUACAAUUCCUGUUCCAAUAAAAGCUGAACUGAGGAAAUAUCAGCAGGAUGGUGUAAAUUGGCUAGCCUUCCUGAACAAAUACAAACUGCACGGGAUCCUGUGUGAUGAUAUGGGCCUGGGGAAGACGUUGCAGUCCAUAUGUAUUCUUGCAGGGGACCAUUGCCUUAGAUCUCGGGAGUAUAGCAGGAGUAAGUCUGCAGACUGUAUACCGCUCCCUUCACUGGUCGUAUGUCCUCCAACCUUAACUGGGCACUGGGUGGAUGAAGUAGGAAAGUUCUGCUCUAAAGAGUAUCUCAACCCAUUGCAUUACACAGGCCCUCCGACAGAGCGAGCCAGGUUACAGCACCAAGUGAAGAGACACAAUCUGAUUGUAGCUUCUUACGAUGUUGUUAGGAAUGAUAUUGACUUCUUCAGGAACAUGAAGUUUAAUUACUGCAUACUGGAUGAAGGUCAUGUCAUUAAGAAUGGGAAGACCAAAUUGUCAAAAGCGGUGAAGCAGAUAACAGCAAAUUAUCGUAUUAUUCUGUCUGGGACACCAAUUCAGAACAACGUUUUGGAGCUCUGGUCAUUGUUUGACUUCCUCAUGCCUGGCUUUUUAGGCACCGAACGCCAGUUUGCGGCAAGAUAUGGGAAACCUAUUUUAGCAAGUAGAGAUGCUCGAAGUUCUUCUCGUGAACAGGAGGCUGGAGUUCUUGCAAUGGAGGCAUUACACCGGCAAGUGCUGCCAUUUUUGCUCCGCAGGAUGAAGGAGGAUGUAUUGCAGGAUCUUCCUCCAAAGAUUAUUCAAGAUUACUACUGUUCCUUGAGUCCUUUGCAGGUUCAGUUAUAUGAAGAUUUUGCAAAGUCUCGUGCAAAGACUGAUGUCGAUGAAACAGUCUCAUCGUCAUCACUAACAGAGGAGAGUGAAAAGCCAAAGCUCAAAGCCACAGGACAUGUCUUUCAGGCACUGCAAUAUUUGCGGAAGCUAUGCAACCACCCUGCGUUGGUUUUAACCACUCAGCAUCCAGAACACAAGAAGGUCUCAGAUCAGCUAGCAACUCAGAACUCAACUCUACGGGAUAUUCAUCAUGCCCCCAAACUGUCUGCAUUAAAGCAAUUGCUGUUGGACUGUGGUCUUGGUAAUGCCAGCACUCCGGAGAGUGGCACUGAGGCAGUUGUAGGCCAGCACAGAGUGUUGAUCUUCUGUCAGCUGAAGAGCAUGCUGGAUAUUGUGGAGCAUGACCUUCUAAAGCCUCAUUUGCCAUCUGUUACAUAUUUACGACUGGAUGGUAGUAUACCUGCAGGUCAAAGACAUUCCAUUGUUUCCAGAUUUAAUAAUGACCCCUCUAUAGAUGUCUUGCUGCUCACUACCCAUGUGGGUGGCUUGGGUCUCAACCUGACUGGCGCAGACACUGUAGUGUUUGUUGAACAUGACUGGAAUCCAAUGAGAGAUCUUCAGGCCAUGGACAGAGCGCAUCGUAUUGGACAGAAACGUGUAGUAAACGUGUAUCGGCUUAUUACAAGGGGAACUCUGGAGGAGAAGAUUAUGGGGCUGCAGAAAUUCAAAAUGAGUAUUGCAAAUACUGUCAUUAGCCAGGAAAAUGCCAGCUUACAGAGUAUGGGCACCGACCAGCUCCUGGACCUGUUUACACUUGACAAGGGUGGAAAGGGUGAAAAGAUGGAAACAUCAGAAACUGGCGGGAAGAGCUCCAUGAAGGUGAUCCUGGAUAACCUAGGAGAACUGUGGAAUCAGGAGCAGUACGAUACGGAGUUCAGUCUUGACAACUUCAUGCAUUCUCUGAAGUAAAGCCACCAAUGCGACUGCUGCUCCAUUGAUUUUGUGUUGCUGAUAUUCAGCAAGGACUGGGAUGGUACAAUGGGCAUUGGCGGUGUUUUACCCGGCUGCUUCGUUUUGAGAAGGAAUCUGCAGAGACUAGAAAUGGGAGAGAAUGUGUCAGUUUGAAUUAUGCAGUCUUAAAAGAUGCAACCAAGAGGCUUGAGUCUGACCCUAUAUUGGUGCAUUACAGCUGUGGACGUCAGCAUGUAAUAUGCUCAUAUAUUUUGUAUGGAGAAGUUUUUUUAUUUGACCUUUGACUCCCACAGUCGUCGCUAGAUUAUUACCCUCCUUACAGAGCCCCGUGUGAGGUCUUCAUAAAAUGGCUAUGGUGCACUCAGUAGAUCUAUGGCAGUGAACACAAGCCACAUUUUAAACAUGGAGUUUUAUGCCCUCGGCUGCUGGCAUGAAUGUGGCUUUAUAGGCUUUUGUUUUAAGGUUGUACAUUUUAAUGAAAUUUAUCAUAUACUCUGCGGUUCUUUUUUUUUUUUUUUUUUUUUUUUUUUGGGAAUAAGAGUCUGAAUUCGGUGAGAACUUUUGGUUUUCUGGAGUUUCUCUAGAGCUAUGCACAUGUUCUGAUCACAUCUAGGAGAAUAGAAGAGGCCGACGUACGUACUUGUCCUGUUUUAGUAGAUCUGUCCCUUGCAUAUAAAAAAAUAUAUAUAUUUUUUCUCUGUGUAAGGAGGAUUCUUACCCUGUGUAUAUGUAGUUUAUGUUGUAUACAGCUGAUAAUGCUCAUCCUUUAAUAUUAUUCAUACGGUGAGUGACUGGAUUAGUGUUUGCUGAGAGAGUGGCUUGUCAUGCAUCUAGAGAGAGAAUUACCUCCCCUAUGUAAUAUAUAGAGAAAAGCGAGAACGCAAACCUAAUGGAAAUGGAGUUCUGUCACAAGUUUUAUCCGUGGCGUGCUGUAAUAUCAUUCCAUGUAAACUGAGAAUAAAAACUAACUUGUCUUUA